AUGAGAACCAUCAUCAACAAAGAUCCAACAAUGAGGCCCAAACUCGUGGAGUUCGAUCGGAAACACCAAUCCGUCAUGGACAAGGCGAACCAGCUCAAACUACAGCACAGCCGACCGACGGAGAGCAGGAGCAGCAACAGCAACGAGGGCGCUCGGUCAACCCCGGCGGGAUCGCCCGGCACUCCUUCUUCUCCAGCUAAGGGGUGCACACAGUGCGACGCACCGCUUGGUUCAUGUUACGAGUGCGACAAGUGCCACGUUUACCACACGGGAGGUUGCCGGAACACGACGGCUCCAGAAGGCGAGUCGGAGCUACUACGACGAUGCAAGGAUUGCGGAGUGAGCGCGAGCACGACGGUGCCGAACCCGGGGGCUGGGAAACGUGAUGCCCCGAGUGGUUCUGACCAUGGGGGUAGUCCGUCCACCCCGUCCGGCAAAGGCCGUGAGCCUGACCCUGAGGGGAGCAACGCGACCAAGAGGAGGCGUGGUCCUGGGCGCGCCCCGACGACUGACAACAUACCCACCCCGAAACUACCGUCGUCGCCCGAAAAGGACGGCAAGAGCUUCAUGCUCGCGUGCAGUGGACCUACAUGCACGAGCUGAAUGUGCUGAGGGAUGACUUUCGUUUGGAUGACCUCGCCAUGCUGAAGACGAAGCGGAAGGUGAUGCUGCUCUUCAUUGCACCCGGUCCCAGCGACCCCAAAGGCAUGGAUAUGAAGACGUGGAGAGAGCGCCUGUUAAAGAUCUCCUACUCCGCUUGCGACCAGCUGCACCCGAAGGGCACCGUUGUUGCCCUCGUCCCGCAGCCCUACUACGACCACGCGACGGCGAUAGCCGGUGGGUUCACGAUACACUCCGUAAUAUGUUUGUUAUAGCUACGUAUCAAGUGGGCGGCGACGUUAAUUGACGCCUGUCAGUG